UAUCGAGUGACUUACUGCGAUAUCCUUAAUAAUUAUAUAUAUUCCUUCUUUCCUUCCUCGAACGAAAACCUUCGGCGUCUUUAAACUUAACCUUGUUUAAUACCCAACCCGACGAAAUCGAAGAAACCCCACCGUUUUAAAAACAUCGCCACCGCCAAAGCAUCUUAAGAAAAGAGCUCCAGGACACAACUCAUUCUAACCAUGGGUCGUCCAAGGCUUAUUAUACUAAUCAGACAUGCCCAGUCUGAGGGCAAUAAGAACCGCGAGAUUCACCAGACCAUCCCCGACCACCGAGUCAAGUUAACACCCGAAGGCUGGCAGCAAGCUCGUGAAGCCGGCCAAAAGCUACGGGGUUUGCUGAGGCCAGACGACACCCUCCAGUUCUACACCUCGCCCUACCGACGAACGCGAGAGACGACCGAAGGCAUCCUUGAGACCUUGACAUCUGACGACCCUGACCCGUCCCCUUUUAAGAAAAUUAACAUGAAGGUCUACGAGGAGCCACGGUUGCGUGAGCAAGACUUUGGAAACUUCCAGCCUUGCAGUGCUGAGAUGGAACGCAUGUGGCAAGAGCGUGCUGACUACGGCCACUUCUUCUACCGUAUCCCAAACGGAGAAAGUGCUGCUGAUGCAUAUGACCGUGUCUCGGGCUUCAACGAGAGCCUGUGGCGUCAGUUCGGAGAUGAUGACUUCGCCAGCGUUUGCGUAUUGGUCACCCACGGUCUCAUGUCUCGAGUCUUCCUAAUGAAGUGGUACCACUUCUCCGUCGAGUACUUCGAGGACCUCCGCAACGUCAACCACUGCGAGUUCCUUAUCAUGAAGAAGCAAAAGGACAGCGGCAAAUACGACCUCGAGAAUAAUCUUCGUACAUGGUCUGAACUACGCCGAGAACGAGCCGCUAUCAAAGCCAAGGAGGACAAGGAGCUCACUGAUACUGGAAAGGAGAAGGAGCCAAGCAAGGCCGAAAAGCAAGCUACGACCCCCGCCCCGCCACGGAAAUGGGGUGGUUGCCCACAGGGUUGCAACCACGGCAAGAACUUCAAGAUCCGCCGUGACCUAGCUGAAUUGCGGCAGCAUGAUGAGAAUUGUGCCGCAAACGGCCACACGCACACGCCCCCGGAGACUAACGGCACGAUUGCUAGCCGCCGAACUCCAGCCAAACGUGUACAGGGGCCUAACAACUCGGACGACGACUCCGAUGACCCUCGCGGCCGAGCUCCUCCGCAGAUCGACGUGACACGUGCUCAAGAGGACAUCGUGUCGUCGCCCGACGGUACGCCCUCAUUCAUAACAAUCGAAGACCGUCUUCGCAGCGUCUCGACGCCGCUUAAAUCGAACUUCCUACGCACCGGACGUGACUUCGGCGGUACCUACUCAGGUCACGCGAGCGAAGAAGAGUUCUCCGAGAACGACGCUCGCGAGCGGCUCGCCGCGAAAGCCGCCCGUGUCAAAAGCGGCGAGAGGAACGGAACCUCACUUAAUAGCCGAGAGCCCUCGGCAGUGCGUCAUGCGCACGCUAAUAGGCUUGGUGAUGCGCCUAACAACUCGGAUCAGGGGUCCGAUGGAGGCGACGAAGCCGAGGACUUAGACAAGGCGGAGAAGGAGGAUAAAAGCAUCCGAGGAAGCGUCUACUAAAUUGGGAAAAUAGAUAUUGGGGGUCUGGGGGGAUCGGUUUCUUAGUAUGUCUGUCACCCAUUUCUUCUACAUAUUGGAGAUACCCUUUAUGAUUGGCGCGCAUUAUGACUAGGAUGAUUAUGAGGUUCGGAAAAUAACGUAUUGCCAAAUAGUUUAGCAUUUAUAUCAAA